CAAUAAACACGGCCUCGCAGCAUCCGUGCUGCAGGACCGAUCAAAAUUUCCUCGCAUAUCGAUUAUUUCUGCUAUCAAAGUCUAUAAAACCAUCCGUUGCUUUAUGCUUUUGGGGUGCGCACGUUUAUUUUUGAAUAGUUAAUUGUAACUGGAGAGAUAUACAGAAAAAGCCGGUGUGGGCUGAAGCCAGAGGAAGAGGAGAGAAGUAUUGGAAAGAUAGAGAGAGGACGAGAGAACAAGAAAUAAUAAAUAAAACUUGAGUGGAAUAUAAUAAACGUCGGCGCGUGUUCGACGUCGAUCCGGAGGCGGCGACGCCUGCGCCGCGACGCCCCGGCUUCGCCAGUAGUGCACCCCAACAUGUCGGACCUUAAACACUGAUAUGCACCCCACAACCUAAAAUACAUACAUGCCAAUUCAAUAAUAUACAAAAUAAAAGAAUCUUCACAUAUAUAUCAAGUAACCACCUAAGAUGAAACAACAUUUAUUAGACGAAGAGUGCAACGGAAAGAACAUCGACAUCUCACUUACCCCGAACGACGCCCGCCCCCAAUUAAAACACGUGACGCAGCGAGCAUAUUUUAAAUAAAUUAUUUUUGCAAAUCCUAUUGAUUCUGUCUGUUUGUUUUGUUAUUGUAACUACUUCUCCUACCGCUGAGAACGGCAUGCAUGUUCCUUGCGUAGCAAUUGUCUGAUUGGCAUAAUGCUAUUAAACUGGGUAUGUUUACGUGUGCUCGGGAUGGAAGAAACGUGGAAAAAUAAGAAAGAGAAUUGGAAACUAUAAAUAGAUCACGUUUUAUGAAGUCUUGAAUGUGUUGUGCGUUGUUUUGGUAGUAGUAGGAACGGGUUAAGGCUUCUGCCGUUUCGUCUCCCCUUGUGCUUAAUGGUUCAUGAAGAGUGUUACGUUCGUCCAAUACUUCAUUAAUAAUGAAAGGUAUAUUGAAUAUAUGAUGGAUUCGAGUCAGCAGAAUGUUACACCGGAUUUGCUGUCGAGCAGCGUGCCAACUCCGAAAUCGCCGGAGCCGACCAUGAGCCAGAUCGAGAUGGACCGAAUCGAAUUGUACAAUUCCUACGAUGUUAUGACCGGAAUUCGUAUAGCGGUGACUCUAGGUGGUUUCUUCGGACUGAUGGUAAUUCUUGUGGUUUACAAGUCGAAAUCGAAGACGGAGAAGGCUUUGGAGGACCCGAAACUCGCGGCAGCAGCGGUCGCUGAGGCGGAGGAGGAGGAGAGGCAGAUGGCUGCUGCAUACGAGGCCACGGUUUACGAGCAAUUGAAUCCACCUACGAGACGAACAAGACGCAGCUUGGAUACAGGUAGUGUAAGUCCGAGGUGGAUAAGAAAUACAACACGGUUUUCUUCAGUUGGAGGUUAUUCGAGUUUGAUGGAACCGCCGACGAGAAUAACCAGAUUACAUUAUUCCAUAGACGAAGAUUCGCCUAUCGACGAUAAACUUUACGACGAUCUGUAUGCUUGCUACAAUAGACAUUUGGACGUGCCAGGGAGACGGCCAAGUAAUAUAACAUGUUCAUCUUCGGGAAGUUCAUACCUGGAGAGGCGUGGUUCCUCUGUAAUCCUGGGUCUUCCAGCUGUUCCAGCGCACAAGAAUAAAACACGACGAAGACAAUCGUCGCCGCUUCCUGAACAAUACGACUUUUACUAUCCAAUAGAUAUUAGAGUAAUCCAACCGACUCCGGGUGGCUCGCCCUGCGGAAGCGAAAGAGCCCUUUACGACGAAGUCCAAACGAAGAAUCUUGCUCCACGACUCGCCCCUCUGGCUUCGAUCAGCAGUUGCAACACUUCAUUCGCUAACGAUUAUCCAGAUUUGGAGGUCCAAUCUUAUGCCUCGGAUUCGGUGUUCCACGACCUCGAAUACUGCGAGGACACGGAUGACGAAGUGGAUCCAUUCUCGACGGACAGCGAGGAGGAUGCAAGGCCAUGCUGCAGCAGGGAAUGCAGGAGGAGAGCGGAACUGGAGAGGCCCUUGCCCACCAUCUCUGACGAGUCAACGAGUACGCUAAUUGAGAAUAAGAUACCGUUGGCUGACAGUGCCUCUACGAAUCUUCACAGCCAAAGCGAACCAGUAUGGUCACAGGAAACUCUGUUCUAGCAGUUUAUAAAUCAAUCAAUUCGGACCAAUCAUUUUGUUUUGAGGGACAAACCGCCUUGUUCCAUUCAUACUAAGGAGAAACAUUGUCCGGAGAGCGGAUAUUUCGAAGGUUCUAAGUGCAAAUUUUACAGGGAACUCAGAAAAUAAUGCAAGUUUUAAAGAAAUCAUCAUAAUCUUCUCAUCGCCGCAUUUAGCACUUUCGAAAUAAAUCUUCUUUAAAUUACAUUCUUUUCCCGCGCAUACGCCCUAAUCAAAAAAUAAAAAUAAACAUGAUGUGUUCAUUAAAUUUCUAAAAAAAGAAUAUGUACCCUGCAAUUAAUUACUGGAGAGCAAGCGUUUUUUAAUUCAUAACAUGAAUC